AUGUCUCGAUUCCCCGGCUCCCGUGGCGACAGUCGCACGCACCCAUCGUCACUCCCGCCAUCCCUCUCCCACCGGCCCCGGCCCCUCAAAUUCUGGCCCUUCGCGCUCGUCGGCCUCUCCUCCAUCGCCAUCGCCAAGAUCUCACUACACCCGCGCCUGAAGCUCACGAAAGACGCCGCCGGCUGGACCUUGCGCUACGAGUACGCCAAGGCGCACGACCCGGGCCCGCGCGACAAGGGUCUGGAAUUUCCCGCGCCCCGCGACGUGGCGGCCACGGAGGAGGAUCUGGCGAGGAAGCGGGAGAUGGAUAAUCGCAAGUGGAUUUUGGACACGGGGGCCACGUCGCACAUGUGCACGAAUCGGGAGCUGAUGCAUAGCUAUACGGAGCUGCCGUGGGGGCAGCAGCAGAGUGGGUUUGUGAGCGCGAGUGGGACGCUGAGCCAUGUGGUGGGGAUUGGGAGCGUGACGUUAGACACGCAGGCACGGGUGCUGGGGAAGGAGGGGGCGGGGGCGGGGUCGGGGUCUCAGCAGCAGGGAUGGCGGAAUAGGGUCACGUUGAAUGGCGUGCAGUUCUUUCCUACCAAGGGCGUGAACCUGAUGAGUUGGAGUAUGUUGAAGAGGACGGCGACGAAGCAUGGUGUGAGGCUGAGAUUGGUCGAGGGCGAGGAUUGGCUUUUGCAUGUGGUGAAGACGGAGAAGAGUUGGAAUGGAGUGGCGAGUGCGAAGGAGAAGGAGACCGUGGUGAUGAGUUUCAGGCCGGAGAGGGGCUUGUACGUGCUUGUGCAGCCGGAUGGGAUGGGUCAGCAGGGCAAGAAGAGCUGA